AUGGGGUCAGUCGCCUUCUUACCGCCUUGCCAACCCCAGCUGACAUUGGCUAGUGCCCAUUCCAAGUUCUUCGACAACGCUGAGCACUCAGAUGUCACUCUGACUCUGCGCUCCGGCCGCAUCAUCGCCGCGCACAAGGUCUUCCUUCUCGCCUGCGCUUACUUCAGCGACUGCGAUCGCGCCGCACCUGGCUCUCCCAACUGGGACCUCAGCGAGUGUGACAUUUCUGAGGAUGGAAUCAUCGCUGCAGUGAAGCACCUCUACGGCUUCUCCUACGACCUUGACAUCGGCUUCUCCUACGACAUUUCCAUCGAUCCCAUCCCGACUGACGAGGAGCUUUCCAAGUCUAACAUUCACUACCAUGUCUCGGCCUACCAGGCUGCUGAAUUCUUCGUGCUCCCCGCCCUUGCUACCGAGAUCAUCAACGGCAUUGGUGCUAUCAUCUGGACAAACCAGCACACUACUGGCUUCUUCGAGAACCUGGACAAGCUCUUCCGCGCUAAGUACAAGGACAACAAAUUCGUGGACGCCGUCUUCGACCACAUCGUCAAGGAUGCCGCCAUGCUCAUCAAGGCUGACCAAUUCAUCACUGAUGCUCUCGAGGCCUCUCCGUUCUUGGCUCGCACUCUCAAGCAUCUGGCUGGAGUGUCCUCUGCUCUCGAGAAUCUGGCUGAAGUGUCCUCUACCCUCGAGCGUAUGGUCGAGAAUACCUCUUCUCUGGUGGCUGCAGCAUCCCCUUCUGACGCUGAGGGCAAGGCCAAGGGCAAGGCCAAGGGCAAGGCCAAGGGCAAGGCUGAGGGCAAGGCUGAGGGCAAGACCAAGGGCAACGCUGAGGGCAAGGCUGAGGGCAAGGCCAAGGAUAACGCCAAGGGCAAGCCUAAGAUCAAGCCUGUCUCUCGCUGGGCCUUGGACGUGUUUGAGCCUGACUCAGACAUGGUUUGGGGAUCGCUCUGA